GGUCUAUCUCGGUGGCCAUGUUGUAUGCCAUCUUUGUGGAGGCUACUUACAGGAGAAGAUUGUCAUGAUUCGUUCGAAAUGCCGAAGGAUAAGCAUGAAAAUAAUGAUGUUCGAAGAAGUUAUACUUUGAUGAGUCCCGAGGAUGUAGCUAACGGCAAAAAGUCGAAAUGGACAGAACUGGAAAUUACGGCUCCGAUUCGUAAUUUGAGCCCGUCAUUAUGGCGGCUGGAUUUCUUAACUGCGUUGUUUUUAAACGACAACCACCUAACAAAGAUUCCUCCAGAAAUAUCCAGGCUAGCUCAGCUCAAGCACUUGGAUUUAUCAUCGAAUAAAUUGCGAAGUUUGCCCAGCGAACUUGGAGAUCUGGUCACAUUACGUGAGUUGCUUUUGAGCAACAAUAGUCUGAGGGCUUUACCUAACGAACUCGGAAAACUUUUCCAGUUACAAACCCUUGGAUUGCAAGGAAAUCCCUUACCACAGGAUGUUUUAACUCUAAAUGAAGAAAAAAAUGGAACAGCCAAACUUCUAGGCUUCUUGCUGGAUAAUUUAACAGUUUGUCCUCGACCACCAGACAGGCAGUGGAUUUCGCUACAACCAGAUAGGCCAAGGAAUCCUGCAUUGACGUUUAGUGUCAUGUGCUAUAAUGUCCUAUGUGAUAAGUAUUGUACACGACAGAUCUAUGGUUAUUGUCCAUCAUGGGCCCUUGAUUGGGAUUACAGGAAGAGUGCAAUUCUGAAAGAGAUUCUUCAUUAUGGUGCAGAUAUUCUAAGCUUACAGGAAAUUGAGACAGAGCAGUUCUUUAACUUUUUCCUUCCUGAGCUUCAACAGCACGGCUAUAAUGGAAUUUUUAGUCCCAAGUCCAGAGCAAGAACAAUGGCAGAAGAAGAUAGGAGAUAUGUUGAUGGCUGUGCCAUAUUUUAUAGGACCUCCAAAUUCAGCCUCGUCAAAGAGUACCUGAUUGAAUUCAAUCAACUGGCUAUGCAAAAUGCUACAGAAGCAGAAGACAUGCUCAAUAGAGUCAUGACAAAAGACAACAUUGGAAUCACAGCAUUACUUGAGCUCAAGGAGGGCUACCUUAAUUAUGGUAAUGAUGUGAACAUGCCACGGCAGCAGGUGCUUGUGUCCAAUGUGCAUAUUCACUGGGACCCGGAGUUUAAGGAUGUGAAGUUGAUUCAAUCAGUGAUGUUGAUGCAUGAGCUGAUGACCAUCAUGCAGGAGAUUAACCCUGGCUUUAUGGUACAGGGAGGUAAAAAUGGCACUGCACCAAGCAAGUCAAUUCCAUUAGUGUGCUGCGGUGAUUUAAACUCACUCCCUGAGUCAGGGGUGGUUGAAUUCUUGGACAAUGGUAGAGUCCGGAUUGACCACGGUGACUUCUUGGACAUGAAAUACGAUGGUUUUUUGUCACGCCUUAGCAAUAGCAAAAACGGAGAAAAGUGUGGAGACCUGACCCACUGCUUCAAGCUCCAACGUGCCUACUCUGAAGACCAGAUGUCUUACAGUAACCUUACCUAUUCAUUCACAGGUGUCAUUGAUUAUAUUCAUUACACAUCAGACCUUCUCAUUCCACUUGGCGUGCUCGGCUCUGUUAGUCAGGAUUACAUCAAAGAGAACAAAAUCAUCGGAUGGCCACACCCACAUUUCCCGUCAGACCACCAGUCACUGCUCGUGGAAUUUGAGGCUCUGAGCUUCAGCAAUGGGGUACCUGUUUAUGGAUACAUUCCAGGUUCUCACCACCCCAGGUAGUGUUAGAUUCUCGCGCGAUAACGAUGUUGUAAAUUUGUAACAAAAGAGUUGUAAAGAGGCUGAGUUGAAGCAAGCCAUUUUUAAGGAUCUUGUUACAAGACGUGUUUUGUAUUCUAUCAGGAAAAUGUUCACCGGCAUUUUUUCCCCUUAUUCAGUUUUAUAAACCCGUUUGGAUUUUGGUUUUGGAAAAAGGAGAACGGAAGGUGCUUUAAAGUUUAGUUAGUUGGUUUCUUGGCAUAGUACUGUACGCACAACUUCAGUUAUGAAGCAAUAUUGUUCAACUUUAAUUUAAUUUAACUAUUUUGACAGUAAUUUAGUGCGUUAGCUUAGAAGUGUUCAGUAUAAUAUAUUGCAAUUUUAAUUCUUUAUCUGUAAUAUGUAGUGUUAUUAUGAUAUUUAAUUUCUUCGCCGUUAUGUAUAUCUUCCUUUGUAAACCAUGGACGGACAAAACGCGCGUUAAGACGAAAAUGCCACACAAAUGGAGUUAUCCUCUUUUUAAGAACUUUUUAUUUUAAAGAAGAACUUGAAUAUAUCAAAGAAAGGGAGGUAGUGAAAAAUAUAGAUUUCAUCCCCAUAUCUUACCAUGUAUGUAGCCUCAAAUGGCAUUUUUCAAUGAAUGCGGAAAUUGUACAACUUAUUUCAGAAGAGCUCGUUCACUUGUAAAAUUUUAUUAAUCCUCCGCUUGUCGCUUAGAAUGGAACAGUCUUCGAUGCUGUGGUUGCAAUUGCAUUGUACUUGGACACAAGAGUGAAUUGACACCUAUAAGCGUCUUUACUGUAUGUACACGACAUUGUACAGUAUCGUCUCAACAAAUACAUUCGUGGACUAUAUCUUUAACCAACUUGCUAAAACACUUUCAUUUUCCUUUACCAUCAGCCCAACUCUACAUUUUAUUUGGGCGUUUCAUUUUGUUUUCUCUCUGUUCUUAGAGAUUAAUUGUGUACCAUACAUUGAAUAUUUUGGGCCGAGGACAUAAGGAGAUUGUAGGGGACGCAAAGAAAUUGUCUACCAUCACCACUUACAGUCUUUGGGAAAACAGUCAGUUUUUUUUUUUUUCUUUUUCGUAGAUCCUAAUUACAUCUUAGCGAAGAUCAAAAUGUAUGCUUUAUUGGUUUUAGUUUGUUUUGUUAGUUUUUGUUGUGGUUUUUUUGGGUUUUUUUUCCCGAUUCUUUUUCACUUCACUUUUCGUCAGGAAAUCGUCGUAAUAUGCAGCCGCGAAAUAUAUCAACGCCCAAAGCACAAAAUGCUUCGGUUUACGUGCAAUACCUGCAUCAUAGAUUUUCAUUUUUAGAUCUUACCAAGGUUUCAUGCUCGAUACUGUAUAUGUAACAUGUUACUUAUAGUGCAUCAGGUUAUUGAAACUCUGUAGAUAUUCUUCCCAUGUGAAGCUUCAUCCGAUCGUCGUCCAACUUUUGACCGAUCGAUUCGCACGCUAGUGACAUGUUGCGUGACAUGUGUGUGAACCAUACAUGUCACGUAACAAGCCAGAAGUCAGCAGAUCUUCGUGAAAAGCUAAGAAUAGCCAAACAGUCCUGGAUUUGCUUCACAUGGUUGGAAUAAGUGUAUAAACAGUUUUUUCUUUCUCCACGAAAGAGAAGAAGGGUUGUAUUGUAGAGCGUUUUUAUGGUGUUAUUUAUGUGUUGUAAACCAGUGUUUUAUUUAGAGUUUGUCAGUCAUUGCUUUGAAAACAUACAUGCAACUUACUAAAGGCGACAGGUGCAAUUACAACGAGCUAAAAUUCUUCUUAUCGCUCUACAAUUUCAACUUCAUCUCGUUAAUGAAGCUUCUGUUUGCUCGUGGUUUAAGAACAAUCAAGUAAUUUAGUUGUAGACUGCUUUUCUCCUUGUUUGCGUUUCAAACGCAUGUACACGUUUUCAGAUGUGGGUAACCGCCCUUUUAUGGCUGCUUGUCGUCGGAAAUUAUGCUGUUGACAGCUUUUAGAGCUCGAUUUAUUUUACAGUAUGGUGUAUUAUCAAAAUGUGUGAUAAAUUACGGUCCCUUCAACGUUUGUCGGAUGUGUGGGUGUUCGUAACGCCCCAUUAUUGUAACCUAAAUGGACUUGAAAACAGUGUAUGUUAAAGUAUUACCAGCAGACGAAGGCUUGUUGAUCGUUGGUGAAGCCGAAUAAUUGGGUUGAAGGUGCUGAUUCUUCAGUACAGUUGGUGCAAGUUGAGUCCAACUCGGACCAUGCGCGAGAAAGGAUGAGUUAUCCUGAGAGAGGAAAUAAUUAUUUGUAUUCAUUUGUUCUGGCUGGUCAGUGAUAAAUGCCUGGAUUGUUCAUGAGAAGUUUUUAAUGAUUUUUGUUUUUAAUCUUGAAAUGCAUUCAAGUACAACUUAAUUUACAAUUUUUAACUAGCGUGGUUCUUUUAAUCUGGAAGGCAGAGAAGGAAAUGAAUAUUCGGUAUGUUUGGUUUGGUUUAAUCUUCAUGGUUAGCUCUAUUUAGUUGUGUAGGAUGAGUUAUCGGAGUUCAUUUUAUUCCGCACUGUGUCAUCACAUUAAUGGUGAAAUACCCAACAUUUUUCAGUGGCCAGUUGAACAUUGGGAUCAUUAUUUGUUUAUCUAGACAAUGUUGCCUAAAUAAUAUUUGUUUUUCUCGCGAGGGACAAAAUUCGCACACUGUCAUUAUUAUUGCAGUAUGUUUUGAGCAGUUGUGGAUGCGGUGAACUUGAUUUUCGUGUCGGUGAACUAAUUUUGAGCGUGUUUCAUAGUAUGGUACGUACACUGGGUGGGGCUAACUAGGACUGGCUUUUAUACACAAAAUAGAAGUGUGCGAUUUUUGUUUUAUUAGUUUUACACUGCGCAGUUAUUGCUUUUUUUGAUCACCAUUUGUAGUUUACAGUGAGGUGGUUGGUUUGUAGACAGGUUACGAGGGCCAUUGUAGAUUGUAACUCGUACUUUUUAACGGAAACUGGCAUUUAUGAGAAAAACGGUAAACUACUGGAAUAAAAUCAGUGAACAAAGUCA